AUCGGAGCAAUACAGAGCGCUUGACUUGUUAUGGAGCUCAAAUCACAGGCCUGGAUGAAAUGCAUGCUUGUCUUUAUCCUGGUCAUGAUGGUGACCUUUGUAGGGUCCUUACGCACAGAUGAGGAGUUUGCACUAAAAGAAAAGAAAAUAUUAAAAAUCGAGCGCUUUUUGCAAAGAGAAAGAGAGCAGAUAGUUGAGUUUGAAAAAUCGGGCAGUGAGAAGUACAUACGCAUUUCGGCGUCUGCCGUGGAUCCAGAAAGCUAUUUGGGGAAAUUGUUUCGGAUGUUUUAUAGAAAAUACAUAGAUUUUCACCUGGACAAACUAUCAAGAGAUUAUAAAACCUUGCUAGACUAUACCACUCGAACUACACAUUCAGUAUUGCUUGAAAGUUUUGCAAAGCAACAAUUCUUAAGACGAAACCCAGGUAAAAGUUUCAAUUUCCAUUUCCAAACUACUUUUUUGUAUAGAGGCGAUAGUUUCAUAGCGAGUCUGGCGAAUGACAAUCAGCUGAACCCCAAUAUAACCUGCCGAGCUCGGCAUUCUCCCCAGCAAUUCCUCUACAUGUUCUAUACGCUAAGCGUGCUGUACGCUGCAAAGGAACACGCCUUGAUUCAGUGGUCCACUUUGUACCUUUAUAAGUCGUCAAACUGGACUUACGCCUUCUAUGCAAAAGAAGCUAGGAGAAAUUACGAUAUGUGGCUACAAGGUGCGCAGAGUGCGAUAGAGGGCCCUAUAGUCACAGCGGAUCGCAAGGUUUGGCGCUGCGAUCCGGAGGAUCACAAGCUGGGGGAGACCUACGAGAGGGUCACCCGCCUCUUGCAAGGAUACAUCACUAACGAGGUGGAUCUCAGCAAGGACGAGACUUGCUUCAACGAGUGUGCCGACUACAAGUUCACCAGAGAUGAGGGCUACACCGAAAGUCCUUUCUCCCCCACCCAUUCCCGGUGCUCUGGUAACGUGCAUGACUGCCGCUACAUGGAGUCCGAGAUGAGGGUGUGUGAGGCGGAUGAGGGCUCCGACAGGCGGUACCAGUUCAUCCAGUACGAGAGCGGCCUGGUGCACGGCCAAAAGGACGUUUGCAGCUAUAGCUUUCCCCAAGUAGAAAGCUGGCGUCGCUGGAUCUUCUGGAGAUGCAGCUACUGCCUGUGCCUGUGCGAUGAUACCAGCGAUCAGUCGGAUCGCUUCUUCAGCCUAAGAUCUGUGGAGUCCGAUGUGGCGAGAAACAGGGUCGUGACGGGCCUGCGAUUCGUGAAGCGCAACCGCAUUUUCCACCUGCAGAUACAGGAGGGUAAGCUCUUGCCACACGGAGUCGUCAACAAUACCGAAUGGAAGCCAGUGGACGAGUUCGAAGUCGCCGGAAAGGGAGUGUGGAAGGACAUAGACUACCACCAGCUGAGCUAUGAAAGCCGUUCCAUUGACCUGGAUGAGGUGAAAGUGGACAACAAUUCUGUGGUCACCGGACUGCGUUUCCAAAUGGUUGGAAACCAUCUUAACUUACAGGCUCGGUUCAGCGAGAUCGACUUUGAAAGCGGCCAGUUAAGGGGGGACAGCUUCUGGAAGUCAGGUGGCACCGAUCAACCCAGGCAAAAAUUGCUUCUUGAGAAUCCCGACGUUCCCACGCGAUCCAACUCCACGAUACCUCUUUCAAGCGAUAACCAGUACAUUGAUUUUACUCAUUCCGGAUUCAAAGAUGAUGCUGCCCAGUCCACAGUGCCCUUCAUCGACAUCCAGGAAGUAACCUCGGACGAACCGGUACCGCUCUCGGGAAUCGGUAUAUAUUACAAGGGUCUACGUGGCUAUGGUGGCUUCCUGGCUCCCAAACUUAUAACAUACGACUACUCGCCCUACGUUAAAGUGCCCACGUGGGCGUCGACGAAUUUGCCUUAUGAAGAACCGUCAUCUGAUGAAAAUAUAUCGUCAGAAGAAGUAACACCAUUAGAUGAUUUAUUUUCAAAGAUAUCAGAUCAAAGUGAUGAAGAAGACUUAUUUUCAGCUGAAAGGAAAGAAAAUGGGCAGUCAGAAUAUGAUGAUGGGGAUUACUAUACUGAAUAACAUUAAAUUUCCUUGCUAAUGUUCAAGAAAACAAAAAAAAAUGUGUCACAAAAUCAAAUAACAAUACAAAUUUCUGGAGUGUAUUUUUCAAUUUGUUCUACCCCACUCAAUUUUUUUAUUAAUAAUAAAAACAUAUGUUUCCUGUUAA